AUGCAGCAAUUUUGUUGGCGUGAGCGCAAUGAGAAGCUCAAUUGGCGGCUACUAAGUACCUUUAACGUAUCGGAUGUUGUUCGCAGAGGUGACCCUGCUGUCUUAGAGCCGUAUGCAUUGCACGUGACGUUUGCUCGUUUGCCUGCGCCUUCAAAAGAUCCGCCGACACGUGAUGCCUGGUUCCUCGUACGCAUUUUGCAGCUGUCAAUGGAAUAUCUGCUCUUUAUGCGCGCCAACGACAGCAAUAAGCUGAAAUUGUUGAGCCAGGAGCUGCGACAGGUCGAGAAGGAGCGAGAUGUACUGCUUUUGCGCUCUCACAAGUUGAAGGCGAAGGUACGCAGCGGUAACGAGCAGGCGGAGAAGCUCCAUCAGGUGCUGCAAAAGAUUGCCACAUUGUUGCAAAGUCCCGGAACUUCACCGUCGGUAGUAGCUAAUAUUGCAACGUUGCUGACGGAAUUGAUAUCGGAGAGACAAGUAAAGAAAAUGGGGAGAACACUUAGGGAAGAGGACGAUAGUGGCGACGAAAUGGACAUGAUGCUGGGACCUAUUGGGCCUGAAGCACGAGCUUGUGAGUUUUAUGGGCAAACAUUUUCUUCGGUGAAGUUUUUGGAGAAGCAUCGUGUAGGACGACAUCGUGGAGAAAAGUAUGAAGUGGAGACGCCUGCAAAACAGACGAGCCGGACUAUUGAUAAAGAUAAGGAAAAUACAGAGAAAAGCGUCGCGUCGCUGGCGUCUGAAGCCACGAUGCAGGAAAUGCUACAACGAUUGGAGCGAGCACUGCAGCAACAUGAAGAAAAACUGCGUUUGCUUGCUGGAGAGGAAGUACUGAAGAUCAAGCAAAUGUACGAGCAGCUGCAUUCUGAGGCAAAGCUAGCGAGUGAAUCUAGAUGUGUCCAGUUGAGAGCUGAAGUACGCCAUCAAGAAGUGCAACAACAUUUGGAUGAAGUCUAUCUGCAGAAACAGAAGGCUGACGGGGAGCUGGCUAACCUGAAGAAACAGAUUCAAUUACUCACUUUGAAAAGGAAGAUGAUGGGAGCUUCGACUAAUACGGACGUGCCCACUACGUUACCCUACAAGAGUGAUGAUGCACUAGCUGUUGUGGAGACUGAGAUCAACGAUCUACAGCAGAAACUACAAGCGGUGAAAGCUGAGCUGACAGUCUCACGAGAGGAACUGACAAAAGUCCAAGCCUUACUUUUUGUAGCUCUAAGGGAGAAAAAGGAACUAGCGGAUACAUUGGCUUUGUCGCGUGGGGUCGUUGCUGUUGUGAGCCGGGAUCAAAGCGCUCGAAUUGAGCUACCUGUGGUGAUAAAUAAGGCCGUCCAAACAGAUGAAGAACGCAGUUCUCGGCAAAGCACGAGCGAGGUAUCAAUCAAAUCGUGUGUUUCACAUCUUAAGGACGCAGGAACAGAUCCUUUGGCCUUAAGUUGCGAUCAUGUGGGUAUUUCAGCAGUUGAUUUGGUGGAAUCACCGCAGAUGGACAUCAUGGAUGACUUCGAUUCAGCGCUGGCACUAGCAGCCAGCUCUGAGGCACUAAAACCGAUUUCUCAAGAAUCAGUGAUUGUGAAAGCUAGACAGGUUGCUGAAGAUGCUGCACCUCAUAAUCUGAUCAUGACGAAAGAUGACAAUCGCAUUUUAAACCAUAUGCACCAAAUCUACAGACAGGAUCUCCUUAACAUUAUAGCUGAACAUGCGCAAAGUGCGGCAAAUAAGGCAGCGAAUCAUUCAGUAGCCCCGAAGAAUUACAGCUCCCUCCCCCAGCACAAGUACAUUCGAAGUCAAUAUCAACAUGAUGAGGACUUGGUUAAGAAACGUAUUGCUAGUUGCCUCUUGCAACUUGAGCAGUUUGCCCGUCGAUUUGGCGUAUCAGCGGGAAGCGCCUGGAUAUCUGAGGACAACGUGCAGACUGCUCAACAGGCUCUUCAUGAACAUCUAGAAGUGCUGCCCACGGAUGUUUUGACAAAAAUGGUUGAAUGUGAAAACACGGUUAACGCGCUUAUUGAGAAGGAGUGGGAAUCAAUGGAAAAGACGCGCCAACAAGCACUGCAGUGA